AUGAGCUGGCGGUGGGCUCGCCAGCACUGGAACGGCGGCUCCUCCGUGCUGCUGCUGCUGCCGCUGCUGCUGUGGCACGGCCGGGUCCGGCCGGCCGGCGCCGACAACGCCAGCCAGGCGUACUACACCGCGCUCAUCAACGUGACGGUGCUGAGCCCCGAGCGCGGCGGCCCCACGCUGCUGCGGAUCGACCGCGGCCGCUACGGGCAGGACUCCCCGAAGGUGGAGGUCAAGGGGCUGCUGGUGACUCCCGUCCCCAUCAACGGAGUUGCAGAUCGUCUGGGCUGUGACCCUCGAACACGUUUCCAAGUCCCACCUAACACCAAGCAGUGGAUUGCUUUAUUACAGAGAGGAAACUGUACAUUUAAAGAAAAAAUACUACGAGCAGCUUCACAUAAUGCCACAGCUGUGGUCAUUUACAACAAUAUAUCCAGUGAAGAACCUGUCACGAUGACUCAUCAAGGAACUGGAGACAUUGUUGCUGUCAUGAUUACAGAAUCAAAGGUUAAGGAGAUCCUGAAUUACUUGGAAAAGAAUAUUUCUGUCCUGAUGGCCAUAGCAGUGGGGUCCCGUGUUCCUCCGAAGAACUUCAGUCGGGGCUCUCUAGUCUUUGUGUCAAUAUCAUUCAUUGUUUUGAUGAUCAUUUCUUCAGCGUGGUUAAUAUUUUACUUCAUCCAGAAGAUCAGGUACACAAGUGCACGUGACAGAAAUCAGCGCCGUCUUGGAGAUGCUGCCAAGAAAGCCAUUGGUAAAUUGACAACCAGGACAGUAAAGAAAGGUGAUAAGGAAACAGACCCAGACUUUGAUCAUUGUGCUGUCUGCAUUGAGAGUUACAAGCAGAACGAUGUUGUUCGCAUUUUGCCAUGCAAGCACGUGUUCCACAAAGUCUGUGUGGAUCCAUGGCUCAGUGAGCACUGUACAUGUCCAAUGUGUAAACUGAACAUUUUGAAGGCACUGGGAAUUGUGCCCAACAUGCCGUGCACAGAUAACGUAGCCUUCGACAUGGAGAGGCUGACACGGGGGCAGCCGGCGAGCAGGCGCUCGGCGCUCGGAGACUUCGGCACCGACAGCUCCCUCAGCCUGGAGCCCCUGCGCACCUCGGGCAUGUCACAGCUGCCACAGGACGGGGAGCUGACACCAAGGUCAGGAGAGAUCAACAUUGCCGUGACAAAAGAAUGGUUUAUUAUUGCCAGUUUUGGCCUCCUCAGUGCCCUUACACUCUGCUACAUGAUCAUCAAAGCCACAGCUAGCUUGAAUGCUAAUGAAGCAGAAUGCUAUUGAAGAAACGCUUUCCGGCCGAUUGCCUUGGAGAGAGACACCUAUUUUUAUGCAUCAUUUAUCGAUCAUGCAGCACAAGCAAUUAUUUAGUACAUUCUAUUUUUUCAUAAAAUUUGCUGAUGCCAAAGCUUUGUAUUAAAGAAAAAGUGAAGAAAUAAAAAAAACUUUAAUUA